UCCUCCUCAUCCACGGGAUUAGUGAAGGCAGCCUGGUGUAAACACAUAUAUUUUUUUUCCCUUAGCAUAUACAUUGACAUUGCGCUUUUAUCUACAAUUUCAUCAAAACUAAAUUAUCAAUACAGGUAUAUUAAAAGUAUUUUUCACCCAAAAAGACAGAAAAUCAUUCUCAGAUAAUUUGGAGUAUACAGGAUUUGGAGUUAUGGCUCUGCUGAAAUCCGGCUGGCUCUGGCGGCAGUCAUCCAUCUUCAGGCGCUGGAAGCUGAACUGGUGUGACCUGUGGAUAGACGGAAGUCUAAUGUUUUAUAAGACAGACUCAAGGAAGGACUAUGAGACGAGAGUGAGUCUGAAGAGUACAUGCGUGAAUGUGAAGUCUGGCCUGGAGUGUGCAGGUGUGUCUCCACCAGAGAGUAACCCGAGGGAGAACCUGUUGGUGUUGUACCUAAAGGAUGGUUCCACCAUGUUGCUGUGUGCAAACAGUGAGGACGAGGCUCUAGCUUGGAAGCUGACAAUAAUGGAAGCAAAGCAAAGUCCUUUCUAUAGUUAUGAUCCCUAUAAUGACACAUAUCAGUCUGUUCCUGUUAAUGGACACAACGCUGUGUACAUCACACCAGGCAAUGGCAGUGAAGGUACACACCAUGUCUGGGUGCACAGGGAGCACUGUGAUGACCGGAUUGGAGAGCAGAUUGCACUGGGUUUGCUAGCCGGCAUGGCAGCAGGCACUGUCCUGCGCUCGUUCCUCUGGAUGCCUCUGUGGUACUGCUAAUAAGUUCGCUGAUUUUGAGGCGAUAUCAAUCAGUCGCUGAGAGGCAGUAGAGAAAGAUCUGGCUCUGACAGAUUGCUUCUGUAGGCUUCAAUCUGCUGGCCUAAUAUGUAUUAAAUACAGAACCAGUUACAAGGGUUAAAAGGGAUGGUUUAAAUCUUGUUAUGCUUUGCAUUGUAUGAGGUGUCAUAUAGAAGAGGUUGAUAGUAAAGACCAAAGUUUUUCUUAUGGUCUAUUUUUUUUGUUGUAUUUCUUUUUUUUUUUUUUACUUCUCUUUUAUUUCUCUCAGAAAUCAGUGGCUAAAUGAAACGCAGAGCUGUAAUGAAGCUGUUCAUAAAAGUAAAUUCCCAGAUUUCACCACUAGAUGGUAGAAACGCCGCAGCUGGGCAACUACCAUUAAAAGUAGUGCUCACAUUUCGGUAGUUUAAAAUAUUUCAUGUUCAAAUAUUAAGUACUGAAUAAAUCUCAACAAUCUCUG